AUGGAGGCAUUACUGGCGCAUUCGUUCGACUACCUCUCCUCCUACGAGCCAACCAAAGUGCGCAAAGGGUUGCGCCAGGUUGAAGGGCUGCUUGCGCAGAUUUGUUUGUCCAGGGCGAAACGGCCAGUGUCAGACAAACGGGGUUCGUCGCUAUUAUUUGACGCUCCACAGUCGGGCUGUAAAGCCUUGUCAGAGCUCAGAGAUGACCCGGCAUUCAGAGAAUUCUUCAAGCUCCAGGAUGGAUUCCAAUGGAACGGUCAUCUUCUUGGUCGCGGUAGCAGUGGUACCAACGACCUGCUCAUUUUAUCCACCCUGGACUUGAUACAGGGCGUGCUAUUGCUCCAUCCACCUUCGCGGAUUUUGUUUGCCCGCGAAAUAUACAUGAACCUGCUGCUAGAUCUUUUGGAUCCCAUCAAUUGCCCUGCAAUCCAGUCGGCGACCCUCCUCACGCUAGUCACUGCACUCCUAGACCACCCAGCCAACACACGGACCUUUGAAGAGCUGGAUGGACUUCUCACGGUGACAUCGCUCUUUAAACAGCGCUCGACCGCUCGCGAAGUCAAGCUGAAGCUAGUUGAAUUCCUUUACUUUUAUUUGAUGCCAGAAACCGCUUUGACCUCGGCAAAUGUUCCUAACACUGGUAUACCACGCAGCCCUAGCAAGCUGGGCGGUGGCCCUUCACCAAGGACCGCCAAUACCCCAGGAGCUCAUAACGGUACUAAGGGAAAUCGCGACACACGCACAACUGAGGAGAAACAAUCUCUCCUGGGAAGAUAUUUGAACAACGUUGAAGAUCUCGUGGAGGAUCUCAAGGAAACGGCACCGUUUGGUGCUACGGUUUAUUAA